CUCUCGGUGGGCUUUGGAACUUUAAGUGGCGAGAAAUCUUCCUUUCUUCUUUCUUCUGGAUCUGUAAUUAAUUUAUUUUUCAAACAGAAAAUUAAACAAAAGUUGAGACGAAGUAAUGGUUUACAGUGUACCUGGAUUACGUUUGCCUUCUGCUCCUUUGGUUUACCGGUCCAGCCAGUCUGGCUUCAAUGGCUCUAGUAGAAGUAGCAGUUUCUCUCUUUUGUUGAAGAAGAAUCAGACUUCACGGAAGAUCUUUGCGCAAAACUCUUCGUAUGAUUCGGAUUCCUCACCCUUAACUGUUGCAUCCAAGAAAGUGCUUGUUCCUGGUGAUCAGGAUGAUGGUUCAUCAUCCUUUACAGAUGAAUUGGAAAGCCCUAGCACUAUUUCAGAUAAUCCACAGGUAUUUCAUGAUGUAGAUAGUAGAGAAAUGGAAGACAAUAAGAAGACCGAGGCUGAGGAACAAGAAUCUGUUCCAUCUAGCCCUGCAAGUAGUGUUGAAAAGGCUCAUGCUGAGGAGUUGUCUGCCCCUUCAAACCAGAAAGUAAGCAUUGAGAAAAGUGAAGCGAAGCCAAGAUCCAUUCCCCCUCCCGGCACAGGACAGAGAAUAUAUGAAAUAGAUCCAUCACUGUCGGGUUUCCGUCAACAUCUUGAUUACCGGUAUGCACAAUACAAAAGAAUUCGUGAGGAAAUUGAUAAGUAUGAAGGAGGUUUAGAGGUGUUUUCUCGUGGCUACGAGAAGCUUGGCUUCACACUCAGUGAGACGGGAAUAACUUACAGGGAGUGGGCACCAGGAGCUAAGUCAGCAGCACUAAUUGGAGAUUUUAAUAAUUGGAACCCUAAUGCUGAUGUUAUGAACCGGAAUGAAUUUGGUGUCUGGGAGAUCUUUUUGCCUAACAAUGCUGAUGGUUCACCACCAAUUCCUCAUGGUUCUCGAGUGAAGAUUCGUAUGGAAACUCCAUCUGGGAUUAAGGAUUCCAUUCCGGCUUGGAUCAAGUUCUCUGUUCAAGCACCAGGUGAAAUCCCAUACAAUGGAAUAUACUAUGAUCCGCCAGAAGAGGAAAAGUAUGUAUUCAAGCACCCUCAGCCAAUAAGACCCAAAUCACUUAGAAUUUAUGAGUCCCAUGUUGGAAUGAGUAGUCCGGAGCCAAUUAUUAACACAUAUGCCAACUUUAGAGAUGAGGUUCUUCCCCGUAUUAAAAGGCUUGGGUACAAUGCUGUUCAGAUCAUGGCUAUUCAAGAGCACUCAUAUUAUGCUAGCUUUGGGUAUCAUGUGACAAACUUCUUUGCACCUAGCAGCCGCUUUGGAACGCCAGAUGAUCUUAAGUCGCUGAUAGAUAGGGCUCAUGAGUUGGGGAUACUUGUUCUUAUGGACAUUGUGCACAGCCAUGCUUCAAAUAAUACGUUAGAUGGAUUGAACAUGUUCGAUGGAACUGAUGCUCAUUACUUCCACUCGGGGUCAAGGGGUCACCACUGGAUGUGGGAUUCUCGCCUUUUUAAUUAUGCAAGUUGGGAGGUACUAAGGUUUCUUCUUUCAAAUGCAAGAUGGUGGCUGGAGGAAUAUAAGUUUGAUGGGUACAGAUUUGAUGGUGUGACUUCAAUGAUGUACACCCAUCAUGGUCUGCAGGUAGCAUUUACUGGAAAUUACAAUGAAUACUUCGGAUUUGCCACUGAUGUAGAUGCUGUUGUUUAUCUAAUGCUGGUUAAUGAUAUGAUUCAUGGGCUAUAUCCUGAGGCUGUCACCAUUGGUGAAGAUGUAAGUGGAAUGCCUACUUUCUGCAUUCCUGUCCAAGAUGGUGGUGUGGGAUUUGAUUACCGUCUUCACAUGGCCAUUGCUGAUAAAUGGAUUGAGAUUCUUAAGAAGAGAGAUGAAGACUGGAAAAUGGGUGACAUUAUUCACACACUCACCAACAGGAGGUGGAUGGAAAAGUGUGUUGCUUAUGCUGAAAGUCAUGACCAAGCUCUAGUUGGUGACAAAACAAUAGCAUUCUGGUUGAUGGAUAAGGAUAUGUAUGAUUUUAUGGCUCUAGAUAGACCAAGUACUCCACUUAUAGAUCGUGGGAUAGCAUUACACAAAAUGAUUAGGCUUAUUACAAUGGGACUAGGUGGAGAAGGAUAUUUGAAUUUCAUGGGAAAUGAAUUUGGACAUCCUGAGUGGAUUGAUUUUCCAAGGGGUGAGCAGCAUCUUCCUAGUGGGGCAGUAAUCCCCGGGAAUAAUUACAGUUAUGAUAAAUGCCGACGGAGGUUUGAUCUCGGGGAUGCUGACUAUCUGAGGUAUCGUGGGAUGCAAGAAUUUGACCAGGCAAUGCAGCAUCUCGAAGAAAAAUAUGGUUUCAUGACUUCUGAGCACCAAUAUAUCUCACGGAAGGAUGAAGGAGAUAGGAUUAUUGUCUUUGAAAGAGGCAACCUGGUUUUCGUGUUCAACUUCCAUUGGCAUAAGAGCUACUUUGACUACCGGGUGGGCUGCUUAAAGCCUGGAAAGUACAAGAUUGUAUUGGAUUCAGAUGAUCCAUUAUUUGGAGGCUUCAAUAGGCUUAACCAUACUGCUGAAUACUUCAGCUCUGAAGGAUGGUAUGAUGACCUGCCUCGUUCGUUCUUGGUGUAUUCACCUUCUAGAACAGCAGUGGUUUACGCACUAGUUGAAGAUGAUGAACCAGAAUUAGUUGACAAAUUGGAACCUGUUGAAAAUCUGAAAACUGUUGAAGCAGCAGUGGAACCUGGGAAAGAACCUGAUGAAGAAUCAGAACAUUUAGAAAGCUAAACUUUUCUGGAUCGCAGAAGCUUGUGUUAUCGACCUAUCGAAGUCUUGUUGAAAAGCUGUCACACUGAAUGAGGUAAUUUUUGCUUAAAAAUAACGUAGAUAUAUAAUUCCGUGAUCAGGAGCCUGGGAGAUGAAAAUGAUCACAAGUAAAAACUCCAUCGAAUGCCGAGCAUACAAGCGAAAAUUCGAAGCAGUAGGCAAUUCUUUGAUGAGCCACGAAGUCUAUUUUCUAGAAGAAAAAUUAAUCGUGCUUGUAAAUGCUUCCCCGUUUUAUAUUUCAAGCUAUAAGAUGCCUGAUCCGGCUGAAUGCGAGGCUAGAACUGAAUUCCUUUCAAGCAAUAAGGCAUCGACAGAAUAAUUUAAUAAA